UAAAUAGGUGCCUUCACUGAACUGGUGAGAUUAUUCCUAAUCUUGGUAGCCAGGCUAGUCGCAUGGUCUGCCUAGGUCAUAACUGACAGCUCAAACCAGUUCUCCAGACUCCAGGGAAUACAAAGGAAGCAAGAUAGAAUCAGAGCCAAGGAGAUUAUACAUAACUUGUUACACAAUCAUUAACCGGAGAUUUUAGAAACCCGGUGUAUAUCUCUAGGCCCAGCGGGCUUUUAUCUAUAGUUAAAAAGUUAAGUCCUUAACAACAAGCGCCAGGUUGGGAAAGAGGACGCUGAACAGUUCAAAGGUCAGACUCCGACACGUGUGGAGAAGCAGUACAAGUGUCAAGGGAGUGGCAAAUCUCUCUCUCUUCUGUUCCACAACUUCUCCGUGCUUGUUGUGAAGGAGACGUAUUACCAAAGAAGCAAAGAAAGAUAAGUGAUAUAGAGAGAAGAAACAAAAAAAAUGGACAAGAGUGGAGGAAGAAAGGUGAUGGAUGAGAUAAGGAGCUUUGAGAAGGCAAAUUUGUUCGAUCUUGGCCAUCCUCUUCUCAACCGCAUCGCUGAUUCUUUCGUCAAAGCCGCCGGUGUCGGAGCUUUACAAGCUGUGUCUAGGGAAGCUUACUUUACGGUGGUUGAUGGGGCAGGGUUUGACGCGAGCAACAUGGGUCCACCUUCUGAGAAUGCCGGCAGCAAGAAACAUAGGUUUCCUAAUCUCAGAGGGGAAAGAAGCAAAUCGUUGGAUGCAUUUGUGAAGAACACAGGAAAAGAAUCUCUCCAGUGGGGGCUUGCAGCUGGAUUAUACUCGGGUAUAACGUAUAGUAUGAAGGAGACUCGUGGAGGAGCUCAUGACUGGAGGAAUAGCGCCAUGGCUGGAGCAUUAACAGGAGCGGCGAUGGCUAUGACGACCUCAGAGAGGACAAGCCAUGAGCAAGUGGUUCAGUCUGCUCUUACAGGAGCAGCCAUUUCCACUGCUGCUAAUCUCCUUUCUAGCGUUUUCUAGAUGCACCCAUUAAAAGUCUUGUUAUUUGCGUUAAGUUUUAGCAUAAACAUGUCACAUGUGUCUUUUUAUAAAACUUUUUACGUUAUCUGUCAAGACUAGGCUCUCUUAAGCCAGUUAUUACAUUUCCUUCCCUUUGACUU